AUGUUCCCGCACUACAUGCACAAGACCCGCUCAACAAGGGACAAGGAGAGCUGGCCCCAUCACGUCAACUUCCUACGACGCAACAAGGCUUCGGCCAAAGACAGCGAUUCAAUGCCAUCUCCGAUUCUGGCGGCAGCCUCAUGGGGCGAUCCUCCAUUCGAACCUGAGCCGUCAGAAGUAAUCCACGUCGAGGCUAAGGAAGUGACAGUACAGACCCUGGCCCAGCAUUCACGCUUGCGAACUAAUGCGAUUUACUCCAAAUCAGCUGGCCAAGUCUAUGUGCGGUUCGAAUUGCAGCUGAAACUCCUCAAGAAAGCCCACGAGCUUGCUCAAGUCGCACUCUGGCAUGCUCUUCGGGAGCGCUGGCCAGAGGGACAGAAGUGUUAUUAUGCCCAUGGACCUCGAUCGGUGAAGUUUGGCCGAACUGAACUUUACAAUUCAAUCAGAUACAGUGUCGGCCAACAUAUUUCCGAAGGGGUUCGUCGUGCUGUCUACAAUGUUGUCGAGCUUCGCAAUGCAAUCGCGCAUCCUGCGAUGCGCAAUGCCGACGAUCUCGACGACUUGUUGGAACCCGCGCAGAACCUCGUCUGCUUGCUCGGAGACGAAAACCGGGCGAUGAAGAUCCGUCGCCUGAGAGACGAACUCGAACGCAAAGCGACGACAUGCCACAAGGCAAUCCUUACUUAUGAGAGCCUGUCUCACCUACCGCAAGCGCGCUCUCAGCCAGUGCAUCAUCAGCAGCUGUACAGCCAGGUUGUAAUGGCAGUCAGGUACAGGAACGAGAGCGAAGCAAUUGCUCGGUACGGUGCUGGUGUGAUUGCGGCGGCGAGGGAGUGGGAGGCCAAACGGACGGAUCCUGGGGAAGACGACCCAGAGUAUCUCGGCAAACUGGCGAAGAGGACAGACGAGGCUAAGUUCCAGAAGACUGCCGAUGUGGAUUCAGAGGCAGCGGCAGUGGCGGGUGCGAAAGAGCAGGAGGAGAUCGCUGAGCAGGAGGAGAUCGCAGAGCAGGAGGAGAUUGCAGCGGGAUGA